UACAUACGUAUCGGUUAAGAAUAAUCUUAAAGAAAAUGGCGCAAUUCGAUAUCUUCCUACGUCAAAAAUUAUGAAUCAAACUUUUAAAAUUAUCUAUGAAAGUACAGUAAUAAAAAGUAUAAAAGUUAAUGUUUUGUAAUGAGUUUCAAAUUAAAUAUUCAAUUAUGAAAUGAAUUUGAUACAAAUUUCUAGUAUGUCGGUUCCUUUUUGUGGUUAUACGUCCUAAUAUUAGAUUUUUAGUAUACAAAAAUGCCUUUUCUUCUACUCUGCAGUUUAUCAAAUGUGUUAAUACUAAUCAUAUAAUUAUAUUUCUAAGGACUUAAGAUAAUUUAUUUUGACGUUAAUCGAUGCUUCCUAAAGAAAGCGUAAUGAAAAGGUUCUAUACUGUAUGUAUAUAUUUUUCGUGCUGUACAUGUUGAUAAUAAUUUUUGUAUUUACGUCAAUCUAUACCAUCUAUUUGCAUAAAAGAUUUAAAUUUCAGAAACACAACAAUGGAACAUUCUAGAAUAUUUUCAAAUAAUAUAUCUUCUACUAUAGAUGAAAUUAGGCCCCUUAUAGAAAAUCAACCAGGCAUUUCAUUAAGCACAUUAUUGAACAUUCAAAGAGUUCAAACUCCUACAGAGCCUGUACCUCUUACAUCUGAUAAUUAUAUCAUUGAUGUUGAAGAUCAAUCAAUGAAUGACGUUUCAGUUCAUGAUAAUCAUCAUCAUCAUCAAACAACUGCAACAGACAAUUUUUUAAAUAAUAUCCGUGAGGCUGCUAAUGAAGUUGUGGGUGAAAGCCAAAAUAAUAAUAGUAAUAAUGUUAUUAAUCAUAAUAACAAUAAUAAUAACAAUGAUAUAGAAGACGCUACAGCAGAGGCAGUACGAAUUAGUCCACGAACACGUGCAUUCUUUAAAGGACUCAAAAGAUAUAUUCCUUUUGUUCUUAUUCUUUUUGCCAAAGGCCUGUAUGAUCACAGAGCCAAUAUAUUAAACUUUAUAGUAUUAGUUGUUGUAUUUAAUUAUACUAAUAACGUUGUAAAACGUGAAAUUGCAAAACAAAACAAUAAAAGUUGGCUAUCACUCUUAGUUAUUACGUGUUAUAUUAUUGGAUGUAUAGUUUUUAUUCAUUUUGAAUAUGAUACAUAUCUAUUUUCUUCAUAUACACAAUCUCUUAGCAUUUGGGAAUUACUGUGGUCAGUUUUAAUAAAAGAUCUUGUUUUGAAAUUGAUUACUAUUAUUUUUAAAGUUUUUUUAACAUGUUUGCCUUCAAAACUUUUGGCUCUUCGAAAAAGGGGAAAAUAUUUUGUUAUGGUGGAGGCAUCAUCUCAACUUUCCCGAUGUGUUGCACCUAUUCAACCAUGGUUAUAUUAUUUUUUUGAAAGUUAUCAAGGUUCAGAAAAGAUCUUUGGAGUAUUACUUUCUUUAUUGUAUAUAGUAAGCAAAGGAACUGAUUUAUUUUCGUGUAUAAAAUUAUUUCAAACUGCUAUUUGGAAGCUAUUUCAAAAUGUGAAUUUAGGAGUAUCGCCAUCGAAAGAGCAAUUAAUAGCAUCCGGUGGAAUUUGUGCAAUUUGUCACGAUCAAUAUUCAAUGCCCGUGAGAUUGCAAUGUAAGCAUAUUUUUUGUGAAACAUGUGUUUUAACUUGGUUGAAUCAAGAAUAUUCGUGCCCAUUAUGUCGAGCAAUAAUCGCAGAUGAUCUUUUGUAUCGAGAUGGUCAUACAAGCCUUCUUGUUCAACUGUAUUGACUUUCAUAUAUAGUAUAUGAAAUUGUAUUUUUUCACUACUAAUUGUACUCAAUAAGAAUUUGUAUUAAGCAUUUAAUAUAUAUAAAACGAAACUUUUUUAAAUGCUUUAUAAUAA